CGGCUGCCGGCGGCCAACAUGGCUGCGUUGGCUACGGUUUGCGCGGCGGCCUUGGGGCAGCAGCAGCAGAAUGACAGUUUUUUCAGUGCUGCAGGUGCUGCUCGACAAAUUCAGAACUGCAAGAUGAAAGCUGAACAAGCUAAGGAAGCAGAAUUUGUAAGAAUAGCAGAAAAUUUAAGAACUCAGCUUGCAAAUAUACAGAAGGACAAAAAUGGAUGUUUUUACAAUAGGAAGAGUGAUUCCAGAGCAGAAUACAGCAUUCUGGAAGAACUGGAGUGUAAAAUGUCUGUCGAUAGGAAAACUGAAAAAACUAAAAUCCUGCAGCAGCUAACAAAAAUACGUAAUAAAGUGAAGAGACUUCAGCAACAACUGGAAGAUGUGAAACAUACAUCAGAAUUUGUUGACGAGCUCAAGGAAAUGUUGGAAGAAAUUGAAAUUGCAAUCAAUACUUUUAAAGAUGAACAGAGACAAAUAUAUGAACAGCUUUUGAAGGAUGAAAAAACUGCAGUUAAUGAGCUCAGCAUCUUUGAGAAAAAAGUGGAACUGUGGGCAACGAGCAGCUCAACAACAGAAGAAGUUUUGAAGUUACCGUCAGCUAGGAUCUCAGUUAAUAAAACACUGGGAAAUCAUCUACCUGCAGAAGUUGUAGAGUUUGAAAGAUUUCUGCAGCAAACAGGGGGGAGGCAAGGAGGUUGGGAUGAUGGUGAUCAUCAGAAUUUUCUUAAAGUAUGGACUAAACACAAAGGGAAGCUGUCCUACGUGGAUGAAGCCCUCGAGUAUCUCUGUGGAAGAACAAAAGAAGAUGUUGAACAACAUGGCAUAUGGUAUCGAGAAUUUCUCAUUUUACAAGACAAAAAAAAAGAGUUAAUUAAGAAAUGGAAAGAAAAGCAGCAGAGAGAAAAAGAAGAAAAACUGAAGAAGAAAGAAAAAUCAGAAAUUGUUCAAAGGCUUCAGUAUGAAGAUCAGAUGCAAAAAGCAGAAGAAAGAAGACGACAACAGGCAGCAAUUUCAGCAUGGAAAAAACAGAAAGCAAUACAUCUGCGAUGGAACAAGCAUCACAAGUAAAACUAGAGCAAGAGCAAGAGAAAAAGAAACUAAAAGAAUGCCAGCACCAAUGCCACAUGAAGUUACUGGUGGAAAGGAAUACUUUGCAGAACAAAGA